AUGACAAAAAAAGAUUUGUUAAUUGAAUGGCGUAAACAACGUAAAGUGAAGAUAUCACCAAGUGAAAUAGGUCAAAGGCCACUUCAUGAUAGUACAAUUGAUGCUGAUGAAUAUCAACCAUCUACAGAACCCGCACUUUUUGAAAAUGAAUCAAUCAUUUGUUGCAAACAUGGCAUUAAAUGUGGCGAAUAUUAUAAUCAAAAAUUUGAAACUAAAAAGAAAAUUUCUUCAUUGUGGCCAAUAUUUGAACUAUUCGAUCGGAAAACAUCAAAUCAACAACAAUCAUUACUUCAACAGAAAUCGUUCUACAUACCAAAAAAUGCUUCAAAAGUGGAAAUUUUCUAUAGAUUCUACCUUGGACAAAAACCACGAUCCGCUUCCAUUUCAUUAACCGGAAUUGCCCAAAAUUUUCGUUUAUAUCACGAAGUAAUACCGUAA